AACAAAUUUUCAUUUAAAUAGUAAAACAUUAAAUUUCAUAAGAUAUUUAUGAAUAAAAUGAAAUAAUAUAGUGUGCAUAUGAAAAUAAAAAUAAAUUCUAAUUAUUUUAAUGUAAGAGCUGAAAACGAAAAUGGAAAUACCGGAACAAACUCCUGAAAUUUUGCAAAGGAAACUUUACUUUUUGUUAGAACAAUUACAAGACAUGGCUAGAGAAUUACCACCAAAAUAUCAAAUGAGAGUGCCUAUUGAGUUGCUGUCAGGAUUAGCAAAUUGUCUUUUAAAUGAUACAGUUUUCGAAAUAGUGAAAGGAUUAAUGGAAAUACAACAUGUUACAGAAAAACAUUUAUUCCAACAAAGACUUCAAAUUAUUAAUAAUCAUACAUUGGAAAUUCAAGAAAUGAUUAACACAACACAAAAUGCAUCACAGCAAGAAAUUAAAAGAAAUGUAUUAUUGAAAAGACAUAAGGAAGAAUUGAAGCAAACUGAUAUGAAAUUAGUUAUUCAAUUAGAUCAAAAAGUAAGCGACCAGCAAGAUACAUUGGAAAAGGCUGGAGUUCCUGGAUUUUAUGUAACUAAUAAACCCAUUGAAAUUAAAGUACAAAUGUACCUCUUAGACUUUAUUUUAAGAUUAAGUAAGAUGGAUAUACCGUAAUUAUUAUCAUAUACCAAUAA